UGAAAGUGGGCCAGCUCCCGCCCUCCCCUCAGUCUCCCCGCCCCUCCCCCCACCGGGGUGUUAAGCGUCUUCUAAGGGUCAGGCCUGUGAUGACCAGACAGACCAGGUCCCGCCCUGGUAAUCCACUUAGAGGUGCCGUGGCAGACACAGACCGGGUACACGCCGUUGAUCCCGCUGGACUCCAGCUGGAGGAGCCCCGGGUAGGAGAGGUUCAGCGCCUGCCACCCCUUCCCCUCCCCAAGGAGCCCACCCUGCCCUUCUCCCCAUCCCUGCACGUGCACUGUCUUCCCCUCUGCCCAACUUUCUGACACCCUAAGGGGCAUGACUCCUCAGAGGAAGGCACACAGACACACACGCACAAGCACACUCAGGUACGCACGUGGGCACACUCAGGUAUGCACACGCAGAGUCACGCGGGCACACUCAGGUACGCACACGCAGAGUCACGUGGGCACACUCAGUUACACACGCAGAGUCACACGGGCACACUACGCACACGCAGAGUCACGCAGGCACACUCAGGUACGCACACGCAGAGUCACGGGCACACUCAGGUACACACGCAGAGUCACGCAGACACUCAGGUACACACACGCAGAGUCAUGGGCACACUCAGGUACGCGCACACAGUCACAGGCACACUCAAGUACACACACGCAGAGUCACGGGCACACUCAGGUACGCACACGCAGAGUCACGGGCACACUCAGGUACGCACACGCAGAGUCACGGGCACACUCAAGUACGCACAUGCAGAGUCACAGGCACACUCAGGUACGCACACGCAGAGUCAUGGGCACACUCAGGUACGCACAUGCAGAGGCACAUGGGCACACUCAGGUACGCACAUGCAGAGGCACAUGGGCACACUCAGGUACACACAUGCAGAGUCACGGGCACACUCAGGUACGCACACGCAGAGUCACGGGCACACUCAAGUACCCACACGCAGAGUCAUGGGCACAGGCACAUGCACACACAGGUGCACUCAGGUACUUACAGAGACAUGCUGGCAUAAGUGUGCACAGCUGCACACACACCGGUGCCCACAGUUACACGUACACACAGGUACACACACAGGUGCACAUAGGCACAGGUGUAAGCACACAGGUGCGCACGCACACACACAUCUAAAGCCCCCUGAGGUGGGGAGAGAUCACUCUGGUUCUCAGACUUCAUCCCUGGGAGUGGGCGGAAUAUUUGAGACCUCUCCCUCCUCUCCACCUGCCCGUGUCCCAUGGACGCUGCAGGUUUCACUUGGAAUCACACUGCGUUGUAUCAGAAAAAGCCAACACUGAAGUAUGUCUCUUGGGUUUUCAACAUUUACUUCUGUGGGCUCUUGAUGUCAUUGAUCUGAGAGCCUUGAAUUUAUGGCACAGGCUCUGCCAUGACCCGACUUGUCCUAGUCUCCCCCUUCUCCAUUGUGGAGGAGAGCUUACACAGCAGCUUGAAACUCAGCAGUCAAAAAUGUAGUCGUGUCCACCGGACAGAUGUGGGGCCCAUCGUGGAGUGUACUUUCCAUCUGUCGUGAGGACAGAACUUUGUGCACAGAGCACCUUCCAGGCCCGCCUGGCACCCCCGCGCCCGGCACCCCCGCGCCUGCCACCUUGACCUCCCAAGGCCAGCGUCCGACCUGCCCUGGGCAGGAGUGGGUGGAGCGUGGCCUCCUCACGGAGGAAGGAUGAGUCCAAAUUACGCCCCCCGGGGGGCUUGGCUUUGUGCGAACAGCCGUGUCCACUCGGAUUCCUGAAAACAUCUUGUG